UCGCAAUUUGAGGAAACGAGAUUACAGUUAGUAAUGUAUCAAAUCUUCUAAAUUCUUAAUUGAAAUGUUAAUUCAACGUCUCGUUUUGACCGCCUGAGGUUUGUUUUCGCCCCUGUAGAUGACAAAACAUUUGUUAACGUGGUGUAGUAUGUUAAUGUAAUAUUUGAUGUAAGUUGUUUUUUUUUUAAUUGUUCUUAAAAUUGCCGACUCGAGCCUUGUCAAAUUAUUUAUGUGUCACUUUUUAUAUACGUUCUGAAUCCACGUCAAAACCACAUUUCGCUGUAAAAUAAAGUAGUCUAUACUAUGGAUAUGACCAGGGAUGCACUUAUUUUGAUUUUGUGUUUGCUGAUCGGAAAAACUGCUAAUGAAAACGCUUUGAUUAAAAAUGUCACGGAUAUUUUAAACACCGCCAAGGCGCUAGACAACGGUAAUGGUUCGUUUGUGGACAAAAUAAAUAACGUUGGCAAUUUCGCUGAGAAAUUUACAGAAAUGAUUGCUCCAGCUCUACUUAGCUUGAGAGCAGAAAAAAUGUCGGGAGGCGAGAAAUCCGCAAAUUCUUUGGACUCGAGACUGUUAAAGAACCUUAUGAUUGAAGUUGAUCGUGAAUUUAAGGGUUUAUCUGUGAAAUUGGAGAACUUGAUACACAAAAUGGAAGAACAUCGUAUCCAAAUGCAACUAGGGAACACGGAACAGAAGAUCCGCGUGGCGGCCCAGGAACUGGAAAUUCUACACAGCGUUCCGGCUGACGCUUUUUCCGAACAAGUGAGACUGUUCAUUCUGAAUUACGAGUCGGAUUUUCAAAACAGUGCUAAAAAAUUGUUUCACUCCGUUAUGAGUGAAAAUAGCAUAUUUUACCAAAGUAUGUUUGACAUCGCUCUUCCUUUAACUCAAUAUAACAGACAAGCGAUGCAGCUUUUUAUGAUGAGUGUACUCAAAUUAUUGUUACAGGGAGUCAAUGUCGAGAUGUCGUAUCUUAUCGUUAAAAACUAUUCCGAGAGUUACAAAUAUAUGAAACACGACUGGGGACAAAAAAUCAAACAAGUAACGAAUCACAUCACGCAGAUUGACCAAGUUGUGAAAUCCAAGUGGCGGGAACAAGCAGAAGCUGACGUCAUUCAGAUGGCCGAAACCAAACGUGGCCUAGAUCAUUAUUCUUUUGUCCACCUGAUGUAUAACCAUCUCCAAAACAAGUAUCCAUGGCGACACUGGUUCGCGGUGGUAUAUGACCCGAUAGACGGUCCAGACAAGCACUGGAUGAGCACCUGUGGGGGAUUUACAUUGUUCCGAUUCCAUGGGAGAAAUAUAGUAGUGGCUAGCGUGGACGAGAACAAACCAUACAUGGACAGGAAGAAAGGCGUCGAUAUUUUGGAGAAUCUGCCUCCGAGCACCACUGCUGAGGGGUUUUAUUACUCACUUCCGGGGAACAUCACCGGAACUUGCAAUUGGUACGCAUCUUCCGGGUGUCUUCGGUUCGGAUACAAGGGGUUCCAUGUCGGGAACGGGAAACGAACAGUUCUCGUUACUAGGGAUGAUUCAGAUAUGACGCUUCAUCUGUUUGGAUAAAAAUUUACGUGUCCUACCCAAGUACUUUUUCUAUAAUUGACAAUAACUAGUUCAUAGUAUCUUUUAACUCAUUUAUUGAAUUACAAUUAGUCUACUUAUCUAAUACAAUUUAUCAACUCUUCUUUUUUUUAAGUUGAUUUGAAUUUAUUGGGUGUUUUUUUUUUUCGAAAUGAUUGUAAUGUUCUUGUGUUGUCUUCUCUCUUCUUAGUUUUGUUUGUAAAAGGAGCGGAUGUUGUACACUGCAUGAUAUUGGGGUCGUGAAGUUCGUGUUAAUUUAAGAGGCGGCUUACAAAACGUGAAAUAUAAGGUAGAAGGCGUAGGUUUCUUUUGUGUGUGCUAAUGACCAGAUCAUGAGGUGAGAUCCCCAGAGAAUAGCUGACAUUGUUGAGUUUCUUUGCAAGAGGUCACCAGAUAAUUAAGCAGACAAAUAAUUUGUCAGUGUGGUUUUUACACUAAUAAACAGAAUGUAAUUACUCUGUUUCGUUUAACCAAAUGCGUUGUUAAAUUAGAAUAAAUAAAUUCAAUUUUGAGAAAGAGAAAUCAAGGCACAACGCAAUGACUGUU